AUGAAAGGUAUAAGAUUAGAGCGUAAUUAUAAAAAAUAAAUAUUAAUUUAUAUGUUACUGACUAUCAAAUAUUAGAAUAGAGUGAAAUAAUUGAAUUUGGAUGGAAGAAUAAAUGUUUAGUCUUUAUAAAUAUUAUUAGGACAAUUAUUUAAUAUAAAGAAUAAAGUUAUUGGAUUGAUUGAUUCAGAUGGCAAUUAUUUUGAUUUAGUAUAAUUUGUCUAAUAAUUGAAUUAAACAAGGUGCAACAAAUUCACAUUAGUAAGUGAUGAUGGGUAACCUGUGACAGAUAAUAAGUUAUAUUAAACAACUUUGAAAUAUAGUUCAACUUCAGAAUACAAUAAUAAGCUUCAUUUUAUUGACUUUAUUUACGAUAUGGAAGAGUUUUAGAAUAUGCUGGGCGAUGAAUAGUACACUUGCAUUUAUCUGAUUGAUGAAAACGAUGGAUUAGGAUUUGAUUUUCUAAUUGGCUUGGAACCUUUAAUUAACAACCUAAACCCUUGGAUCAACUUUUAUUAUUGUUUCAACAAUAGAUUGCAUGAUUAAAACAGAGAAUAUGAUAUUCAAAGCAAUACAUUAUGGGUGUACAAAGGAUCAAAAAGAAUUGUAUCAAUUUAAUUGAAUAACGAUAAAAAAAUGAAGUAGAUUGAUGAGAUACUAUAAAAACUUGUUUAGACUAAAAUCUUAGGACAUAGUGUCAUGAAUUCUAACAUCAGAAAUUAAUCUUAAUUGUCUUCAUAAUAGUCACCAGAAAAGAGAAGAAGUAAAUCUAUAAGAAAAUUGGUUGAAGAAUCCUAAAUACACACUAAUUAAGGUUUGAACAAUUCUAAAUUAAUUGGUUCUCGAUAUAGUACUAGAGUGUAAGCACAGGUUAUUUAACGUGAAGCAUCAAGAGGUAGCGACAUACCUGAAGAUCAAGUCAUAUAUAAUCUAUCAAAUCCCUAUGAAUCAAUAAUAAAUCAGUAAAAUCUUUUGUUUAGGGUUGUUGCUGAAUUGGAAGACAAGAAUUUACUUGAUAUAACAAUGACCAGAUUGGUCAAAAAACUUCUGAUUGAAGAGAAUAAAGAGAUUAUUGCUAUUUUAUUGUAGUAUUCUCAAAGAAUACUAGAUAUAUAAGGAUUAUGUGUGAGAUUGAAUAACAUAAUUGAGAAGUCAACAAAUCAAUAAAGACCUGCUUCACCAUUUUAAAAUUUAAAGUAGACCAAAUAACCAGUAAAUAAUAAUAUUUCAGAAUCUGUGGAGGAUGUUAAAAAGUUCAUUAUGGAAAAAUAUAAUUGCAAUUUCACAUCUGAAUAAUAUGGUAUUAUCAAUCAUCUGUGGAGUCAAAAAGAUUAAGUGGUAAUUAGAAUGUGCACAGAUAUUUGUAAAAAAGAAAUUAAGAAAGAAUAGGUCUCUUUAAAGCCUUUGCAACUUUAUGCAGAUACUAAAUUCAAUGAAUUACUUAAUUAAAAUUUCAAGAAAUCAGAAAUUACUAUCAUCUAAGAAUAAAAAAAUUCAAAAUCAGGAUUUAUUUAUGCUACAUUAUAACAUUUUAGAUAUGAGACCAAUGUUAAUUAUUUUAUUGAUGAUUUGAGGAAAUCUCUAUAAUAAAUUCAUAAUUAAAACCAACUUUUAACAGGCCCAGAAAAAUAAACGAAUUAAUAAUCAAAGGAAAUUAAUCUCUUCAAAUUUCAAUCAUCUAAGGCUCCAUCUCCAUUCUGCGUAUUGAUGCCAAAAUUUUAAAAUCUAGUUAAUGAAUCUCUCUCGCCUCCUCCUUAACCAAAACUAUAGUAGUAGGAUGAAAAUGGUAACAAUUAUCAAUCUUAUGGUAAAAUAUCUGAUGAAUUAAAAAGAGUUCAAUUAUUCCAAAACUUUCCAAUUUAACCAAUGCAAUAAGAAAAAUAGUAAGAAGCAUAAUAGUAGAGUAGCUAAUAAAAUGAUUCAAAAUAAGAGUUGUCUCAGAAGAAAUCAAAUAAUGUGGCUAUUUAGGAUCUAAUUGUUAGUGAAGAGAAUUUUAUUUAAAGAAAGUAAGAAUAGAGAAUUUAAUAUGAUAUCAAUAUCUAAAAAUUCUAUUCUAUUUAAAUAGAAAUGGAGAUUAACUAAAAUUUUUAAGAUAUGAUAAGUUAAAUGGAUUUGGAUGAAAAAAAGUUGAGAUAAGUUGAAUAAUUGUUCUCGGAUCAUAAUGAAUAACUUUAUGAAAUAAUUAAAGGGUUCAAUUCCUCUCGCAUUGUAAUGAAUACUAGAGCAAAAUUGAUCAAAUUGCUCUCUGAAAAAUAAAAUGAUACUCAGGAUUAUAGAAAAACCAAGAUGUAUAAUUUAUUUAUGAAUUAAGUGAGGUAAUUUACAUUAUAAAAACAUCUAUAAGAAAAUGAAAAAGUAUAUCUAUUGAAAAUGUUUAAAGAAAAUGAUUUAUAAGUAUUAGGAACACUGGAAACAUAUUUGUAAAAUCAAGAUGCCGAAGAUAUGUUGGAAACCCUUAAGAUGAUUAUUAAACAAUAUAGUAAAUUCACUAAUAUUAACUAAGUUGGAUCUGACUUAUCUCCAUUGGAACAGCCAUAAUUAAACACACCUGUUUUGGGAGCCAAAGAGAUAUUAUCAUAAAUAAAACAAUACUUUUCAGCUGAAGAGAAAAGCAGAUUAGAAACCAUUGCAAGUGGCUAAGGUGAAAACAGCAUCAUCGAACUCUAUUCUCAAUAUUAAUAAGAUUAGGAUUUGAAUGGAUUUAUAGCAGCAAUCAAAAAAUUAAGUCAAUAAGAUUCACUUAAAAAAUCACAUCAAUUCAUCACUUUCGAAGACCUAUUAAAAAAACUGUAAAAAGAUGGUUAAUUGAAAAUUGAUGAUUAUAUGUUGAAUGAGAUUAGUAAGAAAAAAAAUGAGUAAAGAAUUAAGGGCGUUUUUGAAAUCUACUUGUAUUCCAAGAAUAUUGAUGAUUUUGUAGAGAGCAUCAAAAGUAUAUUAAGACUAUUGCGGUAAUAAAUGAUCUAAUAAUUAUUAGAGCAGUUAGAGACGGAGAAUCUCUUAUCUGAAAAUCAAUUAUUGAAAUUAAAAGAAAUUGCACAUGAGUAUCAUAAGGACCAUGCAAAAUUAGUAGGAGCAUUCUCAUUGUAUUGGGAAUAGUCUCAAACAGACCCAGAAGGAGCAAAAAAUGAGAUUUUAGAAACUCUAAAUAUAUUUGUUGAAUGA